AUGGCCAAAAAAUCGAAGAACUCCAUUCCAAACCCACCUCGAAGUAUUUCUGACGACUCCAGCAACGACGAUGGAGCUCCCGUUUAUACACCACCCGAAACUGAGUCUAAUGAUAGUCCCUCGACCUCAGCUCAUGUUCCGGAUCCAAACCAUCUCCACGAUGUAAUUAUAGAACUUCAAAAUGUCAAUCUUGCGCAAGAAGAAGCUUAUCAGCUGGGGCAAGAGGUAGACAAGAAGGAUAUCUCUACAAAUAAAAAGAACAAGAAGAGUGGAAGUGGAAAUCGUUCUUCGGGCAAGAAACCAGUUGCCGCAGAUACCGCUGUCAGCAAUGUCACCGAUUCCCUCCAGAAACUUGCAGUUUCUGACAAAGAUACAAACAAUUUGGAGUCAGAGAAGAUCGAUACGAAAGCUGCAAAGAGCAGAAAGAGGAAGGAGAGGAAGAAGAGACGCAAGGCUCGACUAGCUGAGGAGGAAGAGCAAACCCAGGGUGGAAUAUCCAACUACAAAUGGUUCAAAAGCGCAGGAUGGAAGGACAUGAAAGAUUUCAUGACCGGUCAUGGUUUUAAAUGGGGGGAUGUUGACGAUUAUGCUGCGGCAAGUGAGUUGAUUAAGAGACUCAAAGAGGAUCAAGCUUCUGAGGAAUAUGCCGAACCAGAGCCACCAAAGAAAGAAGUAAUCAAGGAUGCUUCUGUCAAGGUAAAGACUGCCAAGACCAAGAAGAAGACGGUAGUCGGCUUGUGGGCAGAUUACUUUGGAAAUGAAACUGAGCUUGCAAACUGGCAAAGACUUUGCAUCGAUGUUGGCUUGGAAGAGAUACCUACUAGCAUUACCAAGUGUCGCAAGGCCUUAGGAAAAGUCUGGGUAAACAUCUACGAUUUCCUCGACGCCAAAGCGGAAGGUACAACAGUGAAGAGAUACCAGAGCGAACGUGAACUUGCUAAAUAUACACUGAAAUCUGGCAAGGUUUACCCAAAGAGUAAGGCUAAGGAAGGUGGUCCUGUUAGAGCUCUAUUGGCACAUAUUUUCGGACGCUAGGAACAGAUUUAAUGAGGUUCUCGAGGCGUCAUUUUCUGACACGUUACGCAAGGAUGAUUUCAUGAGCAAACGGAUGACAUAUUUGGGAAUUUGACUUUAUGGUUGGGAUAUCAGGGUUUGGGAUAGUAUGGAUGGCUGGGAUAGUUAUAGUGAGCGUAUUGGCAUGGGAUUUGUAUCGCGUUCAUCAGAUUGCGUUUGGGCGGGAUGGUAAUAGCCUGGAGUGUGG